AUGAAUGAUUUUAUAUUUGAUAAUUUACUUGAUGCUCUUGAACAAAAACAUAUUGCAAAAAAAAUUAUUGAUCAACUAAAAUUAUUAUGUGAUAUUAAAAAUUUAUCAGAUAGUUUUACUAUAAUGAAAAAAAUAAUAAAUAAUUAUGGAAUUACAAGACAAUUAACUAUAUCAAUACCAAAUAAAAUUAUAUAUUUUUUACCAUCUGAAUUAAGGAUUUUUAACAAAGAUACAAAUUAUUUUAGAAUGAAACAAAUACCAAAAACAAAAAAUCUCAGAAUACAACAUGUUAAAAAUUUAGAUGAAUACUUCACAAUGAAUUCAUUGUUUUUUAAAAUUUUAACAAUGCAAAAAAUAAGUGGAAAAAAGAUAUCUUUUAAUAAACAAGUCUUAAAAAUUGCACUGUUAGAUAAAAAGUAUUUUCAAAUGAUACCAAUAAUAUAUUCAGAAUUUUAUGUAUUGCCAAAUUUUUUUCAAGAUACUGAUGUCUAUUAUAUGGCUUCAAAACUAGCAAAGUACUAUGACUUUUUAUUUGAAAAAUAUGUUGAUGCUUAUAUAUUACAUAUUAAAUAUGUUAAUGACACUCAUAAAUUUGGAAUGUUAUUUUAUACAUUUGAACAAAUGAAAAAUUCAAAAGUUAAAACAAUAAAGAAAAUUAACUUUUUUGAUAUGUUAAAAUUUAUUGAUGUAUAUCAAGGAAAUGAUUUUAAAUUUUUUUCUCAUUUAAAAAAUUUAGAAAAUAUAGAAUUUGAAUUUUUAACUUAUAAUAUUGGAUCAUUAAGAAUAGAAAGUGUUCAAAAGGUUAUACCAAUUUUUGAAGAUAUAAAAAAAAUUAAAAUUUGUAAUAUUAUAUUAAACGGAAGUCAAUGUCAUUAUAUACUUCCAUAUUUAAAUGAAACUAUCAAAAUAGCAUCAGAUAUUGGUUUAAAAGUAAAACUUAAAGAUGGAUUAUUAUAUCAUAAUACAUUUAUAUCAGAAGGGGUUUUUCCAUCAUAUACUAUUCCUGUUGACCAUAUAAUAUUUUAUAAAGUACGGCUUCACAAUGUAACUCAAUGCAAAUAUCUUUUACCAUCUAUUCAACGAUUAACAAAAUUAGAAACAUUAGAUAUUAUUAUAUAUUCUAAUCAGUAUAGUGAUUUUUUAAAUAUUAAUUUAUCUCAGAAUGAAUUAAUUUAUAAUUUUAAUAUUAUUUUUUAUUUUAAAAAAAUAAUUAAUAUUCCGCUUUUCAAGUAUUUAAGCUUAAGAAUAACAAAUCCAUUUAUUGGAAGUGAAUAUUUAAAACGUUCAGAAGAAGCUGAAAAUAAUCUAACAUAUUAUUUUAUAAGAAUAAUUCCCUCAUCAUUAAUUUUUUUAUCAUUAAAUUCAGUACAAAAUUUUACCAAGAAAAUGGCAUAUGUAAUUGGUAAAAGGGCACCUCAACUUGAAUAUUUAUAUUUAUCAGUAAAGAAUACAUUAUAUAGAAAAUGCUUGUUAAAUUUUCCAAUGUUAAAAUAUUUUGCUUUUGAAUCAUAUUUUGAGGUUGAGAUACCAAAUACUGUUGAAGUUGUUGUUUAUUUACCACCUUUCACUAUAGAAUAUCAAGAAAAUAUUAAUUUUAGUAACAAAUUCGAUAAUACUUUACCAAGUGAUUGUGUUAAUGUUAUAUCUUAUUUAAAAAAUUUGUUUAAUCAUUGUUAUACAUAUUUUUAUAACAAAAAUUUAACUUAUUUUAUAUUUUUUAAUAACUUUGACUAUUGGAAGAAUCAUCAAAAAUUAUUCAUGUUUGCAACACUUAAAUAUGACAAUGUACAUUAUCAGUAG